CUGCAAAUCCUCACGGCCGGGGCCCAUCCGCCCUCCUGCCAACGCUGGCCGUCGUGUAGAUAUAUAACGCGGCCCUCGAAGUUCUCAUCCGACGAUUCCAGUCUUUGUUUCACCAGCACAUCUCUCUCUCUCUCUCAUCUCUCAUCUCGUCUUUCUACUUUCCUCGACUGCAGGUCGUUCGUUUCGCCAGCAAAGCCUCUCGCUAUCGCUACCAAACCCUUAAUCACAUUCUCACUGUCGUUACGUUGAUCGUCACACAAUCGUUCUCAUCCGAAAACAUAUCACUCUUACGAAACCUUUACGGUCCUACCUCUAUUACAAAUCUCUCAAUAACUCAACAACAACAACAACAACAACAACAUUCAAAAUGAAGGCCCAGACUGCUGCUCUCAUCCUUGCCUACGUCGCGGCCGUUGACGCUGCCGCGGUCGUUCAGAACAAGCGCACUUUCGGCCUCAUCAACGGCGGCCUCGGUGGUGGUGCCUCUGGCGGUGUCGAGGCCGGGGCUGGAGUUGGCCUGGGCGUGGGAUUGGGCGGGGGAGCUGCUGGAGGUGUCGGGCUCGGGGCUGGUGCUGGAGUCGGUGGAGGAGUGUCUGGUGGCAUCUCGGGCGGCAUCGGCGGGGGAGCUUCUGGUGGCGUCUCGGGCGGCAUCGGCGGGGGAGCUUCUGGUGGCAUCUCGGGCGGCAUCGGCGGGGGAGCUUCUGGCGGCAUCUCGGGUGGCGUCCACGGAGGAGCAGGGCUCGGGGCCGGAGUUGGGCUGGGGGCCGGAGGAGGUGUCGGCGGAGGAGUCUCAGUCAACCUCGGUGGCUUGGUGGAUGCCAUUGGCCACAUUGGCGCACAGCUUGGGGUAUGUGCAGGUCUGAUCCUCGAUCUUCACGCGGGAGUCGAUGUUUCACUUGCCCUUAACGCGCUGGUGGAGCUUAUCGGUUCCAUCCAUGGCGCCAUCGGGGUCAUUGGAGGCGUUCACCUCGACCUGGCAGCCCUCAUCAGCCUCAACGCAGUCAUCCUCCCACUUCAGGGACUUACGGCGGGCCUUAUUGCCAACAUUAAGGGCAAGCUGGAGAUCAUUGCCGGCCUUGGAGCCUGUGGGCUGUACGCUCAAGUCGGGGCGGACCUCGAGGCCGCGGCAGGGCUGCUCCUGAAGGCCCUCGUCGGGGCCACGGCUGGCCUGGAUGUGGAUGUAUCGGUUCCGCUUCUGGGAAGUAUAAGCCUCAGUGGCGACGUGGCCGUGGAUGGGAUCCUUAAGGUACUCGCGGGUUUGGGGACCAAUUUCCAGCUCGGAGUUGGCCUUUUCCACGACCAGUGCCACAACGCAGGCGGCGUCACACCGACAUACACCCUCCCCUCCAUUCCUCAGGAAACUUCAAUUAAUUCGCCCAUCGGUUCAAACCCCCCGCCUUCCGGUGGCGAGGGCGGUUCCGCGCCGCCGAAUGUUACUGCUCCUCCGAGCGGCAGCCCCACAGAUGCACCUGGUGGCAGCCCUCCUGCUGGUGGCAACAACGGUGGCGGCAACGGCUAUCCUGGAGACCAGACCUCUCCUGUCUCGCCUGCGCCCGUCGAGACCAGUAUCAAUUCGCCGGUUGGUGGCAACCCUCCUCCCGGUGGCGAGGGCUCUGGCUCAGGCGAGGGAUCUGGUGAGGGUGAAGGAUCCGGCGAGGGUGAAUAUCCCACCGGCGGGCAUGGCGAUGCCACUGAUUCUCCAGUUCCCAUUCAGACUUCAAUCAAUUCCCCAGUCGGUGGCAACUCUCCCCCGGCUGGCGAGGGCGAGGGGUCUGGAUAUCCCACUGGGGGUGCGGUUGGUGGCGGCGGACAGACGGCCACUGCCACUGCCACAGCGACUGCCACAAUUAUCAAUGGCUCCGCCACGCUGCCUGUUGAAGGAGUCCCUUCAGCCACGGCCACGUCCGUCCCCGUGGAGGGCGGAUCUGAGGGAUAUCCAACCCUCCCAGCCGGCGGGGCUGUUCCGACACUGCCAGUCGAGGGCGUUUCCUCGACUCUUCCCGUCCAAGGUGGCAGUGAGGGCAGCUAUCCCACAAUGCCUGCUGCUGGUGGCUCGUUCGUCACGGUCCCUGUUGGCGGCGAAGCCUCUGUCCCUGUCAUCGGCGCGUCAUCCACUCUGGCCGUGAUUGGCUCAUCGACCCUCUACACGACAAUCACUCCUCCUGCUGGCGGCGCUGGCUCGUACCCGACUGUCUGCGUCGGUGCUUCCUGCAGCAGCGCCUCCCACACCAGCAAGGCUGUCAUUACUCCCUCGGCCAUCCCGAUCGCCGGUGCUCGCUCCCUCAACGCCUUCUCGGCCGCCGUCGCCGCGGCUGCUGGUAUGGCCGCUGCCGCUUUCAUGCUCAUCUAAAGUAGAGUCAGCACGGCUCACUUUCGGCCAAGCAUGACUGUUUGCGAAGCCGGGGCGCAACAAAAAAGGUUACAGGGAGCUUGCAAGGCGUUCUUUCAUCACGAUUCAUCGCGUUUUUUUCCUAUUACUGGCAGUCCUUUCCCCGGCGAUCGAAAUCUAUGGCUGUAUCGCGGGAAGGCCGUUCCUAAUAAUCACACACACUCCUUAUUUCCCGAGCGAGCGAAGAAGGUCUUUGCGACUUCUCUCCGCGGCGCGGCGCUGGGCCGCCGCCUUGGUUGGUCGGGAUUUGAUAACCCCUUCCUGCCACGCUCAUGUGUCACUCACGCGCAGUCACGAAAUGUAUUUCUACUUGUUAUGUGCUGUAACAAAGUAGAAUGGCAACCUAUCUGUAUUCCUUUUGGUAUAUAUCUUUGAGAGAGAGAAAUCAGAAGAGAUAAGAUGAAGAAACUUGGAAGAAUGAAAAGUGACAUGUGUUUGC